AUGACUGGACUCAACAUUCAUCUCGACGGGAGCGUGGGCUGUUUCUUCGCCGGUAUCCUCCUCUCGGGCGUAUUGUAUGGGUGCACCUGUGCGCAGGUUCUCUAUUAUAUCAAGGAAUAUCCCAAAGACUCCAAAGGACUCAAGCUCUUGGUGGCUUUCGUAUGGGCGCUGGACACGGCAACUACGAUAGAGAAUGGCCAGGUUCUUUGGUACUUCACGAUUUCCAGUCAUCAGAACCCAGCAGCACUCGAAUUUGCACCACCGUCGUUCAGGGCACAAUACAGUCUCUCGGCGAUCUCUGUGUUCGUGGUUCAAUGCCACUACUUGUCCACCAUCUGGCGCCUGCUAGUGGAGAAGUGGUAUAGGCUUCCGAUGUUGUCGACCAUUCUAUUGAUAUCUGUCAUUUCUCUGGCAUGCGGCCUUGCCGACGUGUAUAUUACUACUUCAAAUAACUAUGUACCAAUCGCCUUUGCCCGCGUCAAGAUUCCCGCCUAUUUGCAGACCAUCGCAGCCUGCGUCACAGAUGUCUUCAUCACCAUAGCGCUCUGCUGGAUUUUGCGCGGCAAACGAACAGGUCUCGCACAGUCGGAGAGCCGCAUCUGGUGGUUGACGUUUUCAAUGGUCAAUCGGGGCGUCCUGACUGCCGUUCUACAAAUCGUAGUGCUUGUAACUUAUGCAGCCCUUGAGAACAGCAAUGUUCUCCUAUGGCUGGUGUUCCACUUCCCAGGAACGCAGAUCUACACGAACUCGCUCCUCGCUGUUCUCAACGUCAGGCACUUCGUGCUCGAGAGCAAGCGCACGAAGUUCCCAUCUUUGAAGUCGGCGAUACCGUUGUCGAAGGUUAAGCGUGCAGCAGCAGCAGCUCCCGACUUCGCUGGCAGUGGCAGCUACAGCAGUCAGCAGCAUCAGCAGUCCGUGCUGCCGACGGUAAUCACAAUCUCAACUGAUAUCAUUCGCGACCAAGAGGUGCACGCCGCAAAUGAUACCGCCGCGGGCUACGUAAAGUCGACCGCUUGGUGAGGAUCUAGUGCGACGGGCUUCACGGCGCGGGCAUCAGCUCCUCCUCUACGAAGCCGCUGGCCUCCGCCCCUUCGCUUGACGAAGUCGCCUAGAACAGAAUACGGGAAACGGCACGUUUACGAGAGGGGAGCUAGAUGGCGGGAAGACGGACUUGUCAGGAUGUCCCCGUGGGCAAGGCGCCGCAUCGGUUCCUGGGAAGUCGGCAAGCUGACUGUGAUACCUCAUCGUCGGUGACCAAUUGGAACCAUCCUUCUCCUCCUCACCCUCCUCCUCCUCAUCUGUCAUCUGUCGAGUGCCAAAAGUUGCUGUACUGUUAUCCCCACUAGUAUUGGUGGGUAAUUGAUACCACCUAGUUCGCGCUCUCUACGGCUGUAGAAGUGACCAGUCAACCUUUGGCUCAACGUUCAGUAAAUGGCCAUCCUUUGCGCAAGCUGUAGAAGCGGACAGCAGUCGCACAUUACGGGUGCGAUACUGUCUCUGCAUGAAGCCC